UCCAAGGGAACGGGAAAAAUGGCGGAGUCUGAUGUUGACAAGUGGAUAGAAAUCGCAAGGGAUUGUAAAUAUCUUCCUGAAAAUGAUUUGAAGAAACUGUGUGAUCUCGUGUGUGAUAUUCUGCUGGAAGAAUCAAAUGUCCAACCAGUUUCGACUCCAGUUACUGUUUGCGGUGAUAUACAUGGACAGUUCUAUGACUUGGAAGAACUAUUUCGCACUGGUGGCCCUGUCCCGGAUACAAACUACAUAUUCAUGGGUGACUUUGUGGACAGGGGCUACUACAGUCUCGAGACCUUUACUAGGUUACUGACGUUAAAGGCAAAAUGGUCUGACCGCAUUACGUUACUAAGAGGUAACCAUGAGUCAAGGCAAAUAACCCAGGUUUACGGAUUUUAUGAUGAGUGUCAAAACAAAUAUGGAAACGCCAAUGCCUGGAGGUAUUGCUGUCAAGUGUUUGACCUUCUCACAGUGGCUGCGCUCAUUGACGAACAUGUUUUGUGUGUUCACGGCGGACUGUCUCCAGACAUAAAAACACUGGACCAAAUUCGUUGCAUCGAAAGGAAUCAGGAAAUUCCUCAUAAAGGUGCGUUCUGCGACCUGGUGUGGUCGGACCCGGAAGACGUGGAGACGUGGGCGGUGAGCCCGCGGGGGGCCGGCUGGCUGUUCGGGGCGAAGGUGGCUCACGAGUUCAUGGCCAUCAACAGCCUGCAGCUCAUCUGCAGGGCCCACCAGCUGGUGCACGAAGGUUACAAGUACAUGUUCGACGACAAGUUGGUGACAGUGUGGUCGGCACCCAAUUACUGCUAUCGGUGUGGUAACAUUGCCUCCAUCCUGGAGUUCACCGGCCUCGAUCAGCGGGAGCCGAAACUCUUCCAUGCAGUGCCUGACUCGGAGAGGGUGAUCCCCCCGCAAACCACCACGCCUUAUUUCUUGUGAUGGUCUUGGAGACCUUCUGUCCUUGUCCCUUGAAGGGACGAUGUCGCGAGGUGCCCUGUGAUCGAGUACAAUGUGGUUUUGUGAAGAGACGAGCAUCGAGCGGAGCUCACUUUGGUAUGUUUGUCAGAGCCAAAGCUAACAAUCCCACAUUCCUGUUGCAGUUAGUGAGUAAUGGAACUUCUAUAAACGAUGAGUAAGAAAGUCUGCAGCUUUUUAUCUGGCUGUAAUGUUACGUUCGUCUGUGAAAGUUGACUUAAUUUUUACGUACUGUAUAAAGUAUUUAAGCAGUGGUCUUAAUAUAGCCAUACUUUACUCAAGUUUACAGCAGUAUUGGAAAUUGGAAAAGAACGGAUCCAAAAAAAGUGUGAAUUUUUGACUGUUGACAUAAACCACUAGCAUUUAGAAUAAAUUGCAUGUUAUAAUGAUUUAUUUUGAAAAUGCUCAGUAAAGAUACUAAAUGAGUAUUAUGUAUUUGUUACAAAUUUGGGUUCAUAGAUUAAAAUGAAAUGUUAUGUAGAUAACUACAGUAUGACAUCAGUUCUCAUGAUUCACAUUACAAUUGAGUGCUUACGUUAUCCUCAUUGUAAGUAUGCAUAUUGCAUAUAAAUGUGGCUCAUGUGUGCACAGUGCAACUUGCCUUGGAUUGUAUUUUGCUAACUUCACUUCCCCUUGAAGCAGACACCUUUCAGUAGAGGUCUGCGAAUCAGCAUUUUAAAAAUCAAAUCGAAUUUCGAAUUGAAUGCAAAAUUAUUCCCGAAUUUCGAAUUUUUUUCGAAUUGAUUAUUGUAUUACUUAUUGUAGAUAAAAUAUUUGUUUGACCCAGGAUUACUAAUUCCACACGGUUAGCAAAAUUCAAUUAUUUUUAGACAUGUGAUAUUAAUUAUUUAGGUAAAUAGUCAGUACCUAAUAAAUUUAACAUGUAUGACCUUAUAUACAUACAACCUAACUAGUGCAAGGAAGCUUUAUUUGAAGCUUAACACUUAACACACAUUUAUGUACACAAGCAAUGAAUUGUGAAACCAUGACGACAUUAAGCACACUGAUAUUCAGAUCCGUACAAAUGUUAUUUGCUGAAAAGUUAACAAGAAUUCACAUACCUAUCAAAAUAUUUAAAAAAAUUACACAAAGUAAAAUGUAAUUAAAUGAUAGGCAUAAAAUACAUAAUAAUUUUUAUGCCAUCCAUAUCUUAAAACAAAAUAAACUGGAACAAGCCCUAGAUUAAUUUUUGUGAUUUCAUUUUAAAUUAUCAUGGAGAAAUGUGAGUUGCUCAACAUGCUGUGGCAGAAGCAUUUCACGACGAUCUGCGACUUUGUUCCCUGCAGUGGAAAACACUCUCUCACUUGCCACUUGUGUAGCUGGAAUAUGUAAGUAAUAUCUGGCUACAGCAGCCAAAUGUGGAUAGUGAUCUUUGUUUUUUUCCCACCAUUCAAAUGGAUUGGUGGUCCUCGGUAAACUAGCUGCUGACAAAUAUUCCAAAAUUUCUUUUUCAAUGUCAUCUGUGGCUGUCUUGUGUGAUGUCAGAGGCAAUUUGUCUAGCUCAUCCCACAGUGACACAGCUGAAGAUGUUGUUGGUUCUGUUGGCUGAGGGGACACUUUCUCGAUGCAUAAGGUUUUAGUUACUUUCAUUAACCUUGAUAUUUCAUUUUUCACUAAAGAUAUAGCAUUGUCUUUUUCAUUUUCACUGAAGACUGCAAGUUUGUACCUAUGAUCUGUGAAUGUACUAAGAACAUUUACAGUGUCCAUUUUAUACAGAGGAAAUCUACUUUUUUUAAUGAUUUCACCAAAUUUCGAGCAAAUGGUAUACCGGUGCCAUUUUCAUUCCUUCUUAUAUGAUUUUUAGUAGAUGCCUCCAAGCAAUGAAUCAUUGGUAUGAUCAUUGAUGAUGUAGGAUAUGAAUUUCCACUAGAUUCUUGUGUUGCCUCAGCAAAAGGCUUGAGUACCUCAACAACCCCUACAGCUAAUUUCCAUUGUGACGAAGAAAGGCCCUCAAUGUCUGAAUUAGAUGCUGUCAGUUCCGCAGCAAUUGCCUCUUUCAAAGAUAUUAAUCUUUCGAGCAUCAUGAAUUCAUUGCACCAGUGUCUCAACAUCUUGUAUGAGCUUCAAUGGUGGGAGGUUCAUGGUUUCUUGUAGGGUUUUCAGUCUCAUUGUUGAAGCAUGGCUUCGAUUAUAGUGUCCAACAAUUGCACGGGAUUGGGAAAUGAGACCGGUUACAUUAGGUGUAGAACUCUUUGCGUCAUGAAUUGCCAACUGUAACGUAUGAGCAAAACAUUGUCUUUGGUUCCACUGAGUACCAGAAAUUGCAGCGUGCAAAUUGCUAGCAUUAUCGGUAACAAUAUAAAUCUUUAUAUUGCUAUUCUGCAUGGGAGGUGGUAUAUGCCACCUUUGACACAUGUCAGAUAGAACAUGUCUAAGAUUUUCACCUGUGUGAGAAUCUUUCAUAACAGUGUUUCCCAGAGUGAAAGACUUAUACUGAAAACACUGUGUCAGGUAAUGACAUGUAAGGGGCACGUACCCAGCACCUGCUCUGGAUGACCAGUUGUCAGUAGUCAAUGCAAGACAUUGGCAGCAUGUGGCUUGCAUAUCGUCAUCUAAACACAAAUCUUUGUGUAGCAUGUCCUCCAGCUUUUUGUGUUCAGUUUUGUAAAGUUCUGGAAUAAUGUUCCGUGAAAAUGUAGUAAUAACAGGUACCUAUUUUGCAGUUGGGUUUCAAGUGUUUCAUCAGAUCUUUGAAACUGUUUUCCUCCACAAAAGUGUAUGGCAGAUGGCACAAUGCCAACAUUCUUGCAAUUUUAUCUGAAAUAGCUUUUGCUUCUUUUCCUUGGGAAGGAAGAGGUAGUUUUUCUUGGAAAAAAUGUGACACUGUCUGUUGUUUUAAUGUGUUUUUACUUGUAGGUAAAACUGACUCUGAUUCUGGGUUUGCUAGUGAUUUAAGGUACUCUUCAUAAACUGUUACAUGAUGCCUGGACAAAUGACUCUUGAGGGUGGUGGUUGUUCCUAGAAAAAAAAAUACAUACAAUGGUACCUACUACCUCUCUCUUACACACCUCAAUUGAGUUUAAGAAUGAAAAAGGGUAAUUGUGGACCCCCAGAUGAAGUGUGCCUAGAUUCAGGUUGUGUCUGAUUCGUUAUGAGUACCGUGUUUUAUCGCAUAAUCGUCGCACAACAAUUUUAGGCCAUCAAAAUGUGGAGAAAAAAAUUCUUGCAUAAACGUUGCAUAAUGUUUUUGGUCCCGCUGUUAGAUUCCGAGCGCUUUGUGAUGGUAGGUUUCUCGUCUAAAACCAUGUACUUUAAAGUUUAAAUUUAUUAUUAAUUCAGAUAUUACCACUUACUAAUUGAAUUAAUAGAAAUACGAAGUUGUCUGACGUGUAAAUUUUCUUUUAAAAAUGUAAAAUACGUGUUCAAAAGUUAUGCACUUUGUGUGUUCCGUCUUCGUCGCAGCUGGAUACAGCUUAUAAUCACAGAACAAGGAGGGAAGUAAAGAAGUGCGACUCUUACAGUGGAAACUGAAACCAUGUUUCACGUGACAUAUGUCGCUAUCUAUUGAGCGGGCCCAUAACUAUCAGCAAAUAAAAAAUCGGAAUAGAGGUUCUCAUACAAAGUUUUUUUAGUUAAUACGUUUUUUUUGGUUAUAUUAAGUUAUCUUCUUGGCGGUGCAAAACUAAUUUAAUCAAUGUGAAAAUACUUAAUGCUGUUUUGUAAUAAAUAAAGGAGUAGGAUGUGCAAAAACUCAUUGUAUUACACACCACAAAAUUAGUGGCUACCUAAAUAGAGUGAAUUUUCACUGGUUUGUUUGCCUGAUAAUAGCUUAUACCUUACUUCUCCUAAUAAAUUAAUGUAGUUAUGUCAGCAAUAUAUUAUGAAAACUACUACUAUCAAGCGGACGGGCCCAUAACUACUUCAAAAAACUAGGUCUCAGUCUCGGUAAUUAGAGUUUCUCCCCCGUGCUUAUAAUGCAGUCAGCGCUAGUUGGCGUCAUUCAUGUUUAGUUAUGUUGAUUCCCGUAUAGAGCGCGCGCACGUAGUCGAAGAUCGAAAUCGAUAGCUCGCCGAAUGCAUGCAACGCGCGCACUCUGUUGAGUGCAGAGUUAACUACAUUCUACACUCUUGCUCCGUGCAUACUACAACAAAAGUUUAGCGUUAGUUGCUGCUCAUGGUUUUCGUUUUUCUAUUUAAAGUUAAACAAAAUGUUUUGGUUGCACAACUUAUUAAUUUAAAUUGUUUAACGUGAGUUUGUAUACUCUAAUUUUUAAAUGAACGUAAUUUACGUUUAUGAAUAACUUUACCCAACAAUUUUUUUUUUUCGCACAAAAGUCACACCUCUACCUUUCAAACUUGAUUUUAGUAUAAAAUGUGCGACGAUUAUGCGUAAAACACGGUAUUUAUGUAUUUUUUUUUUAAUGUGGACGUAUUUUGAAAGUCACUUUUUAGCACUCGUCGUAGCACUAAUUAUAAUAAUAAUUUGACCCCUAAAUCCAAAAAUGUCUACAUUUGAAAAUGAUACAUUUACCACAAUAAUUUUUAGGAAAAAAACAACAACAUGGUAUACAAUUUACUACAACACUUAAUUAUUAACAAGGCUUAAGAACAAGACAAACAACGGUUUACUCCUAAACACAUUUAUUUUACCGCCGUAUAUGUGUUUUGAAGGUUAACAACAUGGCGUGGUUUAUCCCCCCCCCCCCACAAAAAAAAAUCCGCUACAUACAAAACUGGACGUACAAAUUGAUUUAUACAGCACAACAUGACAUAAAUCUGUACACAAUAUCGUGUCACAUACAUAAUAAUUUGGUUUGUAAAAUCUGAUAUUUAGGACACGACCUGAGUACAUUGACGCAUUAUUAAACACCAAUGUACGCUGGCCCAACAAACCUGUCAGCGUCUUUAACCGUUUGUUGCUGUUCGAGCAAAUUGCUUCGCCGUCACCUUGCUCAAAAUAUAAUCACAAACCACUUCUUUUACGUUUUGCUUUGUCUGCCAAUUUAGCUCACUAAAAAUAUGCCAAAUUUGGAGAAUUCCCAAAUAAAACACAAUAUUUACACACUGUUUUUAAAGAUUUUGUGAAGUAUGCGUGACGUUAUACUAAGUCGAUUCGUGUGUGACAAUCGUGCGUUCGAUAAUCAUUUUCAACCAUUGGCAGAAUCGACUUAUGAAUGAAGUAAACAAACAAUACGUAAUUUUCUGCUUAUUUUAGUUUUGGCUGCAUGCGUCUAAAGUUAAAAACGCGGCUCAUAAUAGAUGUAACCAAAUUCUUAUUGUUAUAUUAACGGGAUUUUAAUAUUUACGUCCUACGAAUACCGGCCAAUAAAAAUGUGCAAGAUAAAAAGUAACAAGUAUUUCGAUUUUUUUCAUAAACGAUUCAAUUCGAGAUCUCGAAUCGAAUAAUAAAUUAUUCGCGAAUAUUUUUUUGAUUUCGAAUAUUCGCAGACCCCUACCUUUCAGACAGUUCAGUAGCUGAUAGAGCUGUGUUAAGGCUGUUCCAUAGCUGUCAUUAUGUUACCAUCAUGUUGAGUGGCAUGUCAUCAUCAUGCUAAGUUGUCUUAGUCUACCUUGCAAUAAAUUAUGUUCAUUCGGUGUGUGAAGGUUUUUUUUGAGAUGAUUUCUGAAAAUGAUUGUAUCCAUUUUACAACAGUACUAUUGUUGAAUUUAGGCCUUAUAAAAUCUAUUAUUUUCAGCAAAUUGUCCUAAACCUGCUCAUAAAUUUAGCAUAUUACAGUAAGGCUACAACACAGAAAUGUUUAAAUUUUAUAACAACUAAUAUCAGUUUUGCCUUUGAUGAAAUGGGCCAUGCAAGUCAUAUGAAGCAGUCUCUUUAGCUCUUCUGGUAAUUACAUUAUCUUAAAAAAGAUAAUCAUAUUUUCUGAGUAAUACUAUGCACAAAUUAAAAUAAAUUUUUUUUACAGUUUAUUAAAUGUGAUGUAACCUUAAUGAUUUUGUUGUAAUGCAGUCAAAAACUCUUCAGUUGAUGUAAUGCAGUGUGUGGCACUGACAUACUAUUGAAAAUUUAUUCCCGUAAUUUAGAGAAACUUUUAAUUGGUUUUUUCAAUGUCUGAAAAUAAUAUUGGAGAGUUUUAAAUAAAUGUUUUAUACUGCAGUACUGGUGGUCUUGUUGCUAGAUUAUAAUUUUGUUUCUGGUUUAUUAAGAUGAUGUCAUUAGUUAUCAGCAAAAAUUUUCAUUGUCUUAUUUCAGUGUGGUUGAUUAUAAGAUUACUUUUUUCCUAAUAUAUAUGGUGACCCCACAAGACAAGACAAAAAUUUUAUAACUGGUGUUGCAGGUUUGGAAUAUUGAGUUGUGUUAAUCUGAUAUCCUCUUACGAAACCUAGUUAAUAUGCAUUUUGUCCAUCAGAGAUUCUGCACAUGGUUGUUAAGCUGUGAUGAAAACUUAUUAACCAAUUAUAGUUGCCUCUGAAUCUCUUAUACUACGUAAUAGUAAUUCAUACUUUUAUUUUAUGUUUGUGUGAUUAAAAUGCCUUUCUUAUAUUUUAAGCUUAAACUUUCAAAUAAUUUUUUUCCACUAAAAUUACCACAAGGCCCAUAACUAGGGCUUGGAAUUUUUCGCGAUCGCGAAUUUCGCAUUGAAACGCGAAAAGUAAGUAAUUCGCAAAAACCACAACAUUUCUAUAUUACACUGCGAAUAUAUCCCCGAAAAGUACCGUUACAGUAGAAUCCCGCUGAUGCGACCCCCCUCUGAUGCGUCCAUUCCGUUUAUACGACCGUUUUUUGAGAAACCGUGAAAAAUUUGAGCAGAGAAAGUCGAAAAUUUGAGUAAAAUCGGCUGAAAAACAAGUCUGUUACACUUUGUUGGGCGCUGUGUGUUCACGUUCAUCUUGGCGGGAGCUGUACUGUAAGCAGGCAGGCAUACAAAAGACGGCUAAAAAUAGAUACCACCCCUCUAGACUGUCCACGCGGCAGUGUCUAGCCGAGCUCGGCACGUCUACUAUCGCACGAAAAGCCGUCUCAGCUGUCAUGUUAUCUUACCCGCCUGCACGAAAAGCCGCUGUGGUAGCUUCUGCGAGAGCGUAAGAAACUCCUCCGGCCACUCCCAGAGUCACAAAUCAUGUAAAAACACCCCCUUUCCUUUCCCAACUAACAUUUCAACACUUUCCCUCCCUUAUUUCAACCUUCUGCGUGAGAAACUGUCAGCAUCCUCCUCCUCUCCCACACCGCGUGCGACAAAAGCCAGGUUGUAUAGUCCAUUCUCGGUAAAAUAAAUAUUUUUAUGGGCUUAUACGACUGUCAUUCGCCGUUAAUAAAUACUUUAUAAGUUUAAGUUAUUAUGAUACAAUUUGUUUAUUAGUCACACAGCAGUUUCUGCUGAAAAAUCACUAAUACCUCGAAUUUUAUUGAAUAGAAAAAUUUAGCAGGGCCGUAAAUAUAUUUAUUUUACUGCAUACUGUAGUUACUUUUCCGUCUGCAUUCCAAGGUGUUUUUUUCUUUUCUUUUUUUUUUACGCUGCGAAGGGACGUGGACAAGAUAAUUGCUUGAGCUGUCAAAAUAAACAUCGCUGAAGGCAAGGGCGGGAGCGCAUCCUGUCGGUCUGUCGCUGUGAUUAUCUACUCCAAAAACAUGUCACAGCAUUUCAAGAUAGCAUUGUUCUUAUAUCUUUCGUUUAUAGCCGAAUGUUUUCUACCUGAUCCACACAAGUUCCUUCGCCACGUUUUGAACGAAAAUAACCACCAGCCGGCUAGCAUAACCGAACUCGCGUGACGCGAAUUCACUUAGCACGAGUAUUUAUCGGAACCCAUUGUUCGGGGUAUGCGAGUUCGAGGUGUAAUAUGAAUUUAAAAAGUUGUUUUCUUUACACCAUAGACUAAGUUUCAUGGGAAAGAAAAUAUUCCAUUGACAAACACCUAAAGUCGGCUAAGCAUGUGGCAUCGGCAGCCGAAAAAAAAAAAGAAAAUUUGUAGUUGCAAACAUCUAUAGCAACGUGUCUGUUUUGUGUAACUGUUUUGGACUUAAUUGGCUGUUAUUAUGCAUAUUAGUCUAUUCCUAGUAUACAUGGAUUGUUUAUUACAUAUGUAAACUAUUAUAUUCAAUAACUGAACAAUUUAGUCAACAUUUAAAAUACCGGUAAAAUUUCCAUUGCAUAACGAAAAUACGACUUUAAACCACCGCUUUUAUAAUUUGAAAGUACCGCUUUUUGCAUACUGAAAACACCGAAAUUUUCCAGGCCCUACCCAUAACUGAUACUAGAAGUAUCACAUGUUAUUUUAUUAAAUGUUUUGAAGUUACGGCUGCAACCAUAAUAUUUGUGAAGGAUUGCGUAAAAAGGUAAUUUUAAUAUUAGAUACAUUGUGACAUUAAAUGGUUUUAAGUUCCUUUGUUUUAUUGCAAGGCUGCCAAAGCAUCUUUCUGAAAAGAUUUUUUUGCUGUCUUAAUGCACUUCAACACCUUCAGAAUAGUGUUAAUUACAAAAUAUGCAUGUGUACUGUUUUAACAAGUUGUAACAUGGUUUAGUUUCAUGCUGAACUUUUUUGUUGACAAUUUAGUACAGGGACUAUUUUCUCAAAUGACCUAAUCUGAGGUUACUUAUGGGUUUCAUGUAAUCAUUGCAAACAUUAACCCUGUAAACUCAAAAAUUAGUUUUAUACUUUUGCUUUGUUAAUCACAUAAAUAAUACUGUUAUAUAUUUCUUCACAAAUCCAUAUUUAGUUUGUUGUAAUGUGAAAAACUUUUUUUUUUCAUUUUGAUAUCUGUUUUCUUGUAGAGGUAGUAUUUUAACUGGAAAAUUGUAUAUGCCUGAGGUUUCCCUAAAUAAAUGUAUAAAAUUAAGGACUGGAUUAUUCAUAAUAGUAACAAUCUCUUCAUUUAAUACUAAUUUAAUAAUUAUAAAGUAGUGUUAAUGAUGAAACAAUAUAGAAUUUUUUUUUAGUGUUGGGUUGGUUCCUAAAAUGUGGCAACUCCAGUUACAGCUUUGAUACUCAUAUCUUCUUUGAGUUGAAUUCCAAAUCCAUCAGAUUUGUACCCUUUUUUUAUGACAAUGCUUUUAAAACUAGGUAGGUACUUACUCAUGACUUCAUGAAAAGUUAUUUUUAUGCUUGUAUACACUUGUUUUUUAUCCUACCAAUGUAACUCUGUAAGAAUGUUUAUACAUUUACAAUUACGUAUUCUUUUAUAGAACGCAUAUAAAAUUUAGGAAUGUACUUUUUCAGUUAUCUGAGAGCCACAUAAUAGGUUAAAUUUCAUGUGCCAGUAUUGUUUUAAUUAUACAGAUAAACUAAACCUAUGUAGCUUUGUUUAAGAAUAUAUUAGACACAGUUUUAUCACUUUUAUUAGCUGUAAUUUUUAGUGUGACAUAAACACAUUUGGUGAUUUUAUUAAAAUAGGGUGGAAUCUUUCUAUAGCAGCCCUUGGAAUUAUCAAAUUUCAUUGUAAUGAUACUACUUGUAGUAAAUGAAUGUGGUUUUAAUGGCACUCUUACACCAAACUUUUCUUGUUAAGAAUGGGAAUGUAAGCCAAUCUCAGCCAGAGUUGUGGGAUGUAGUUAAUUGUAAAAAAAAUAUCAGUCAGGUGUAUUUUAUGUAAAUUAAAAGCAAAAAUAGUAGUGUGUUCAUUUCGUAAAAUGUACUGCCACUACAUCAAUUAAGAAUCCAUUGCUAAUAGUAAAGAUUUUUAAUUAGUGGAAUAUAUUAGUUAUUAACUCAAUAAAACUAUGUUUAUAGCACUAAAUACCUAAUUAAUUGACAAAAAAUCUACAAUAGUUAAAAACAAAUCCCUAGGACAAUACCCAAUUAGAUGAGUACUCCAUUUGAUUGACAAAAACCUCAUUUAUAUUACAAUACCUCCAAUUAAUCUGAAAACCCAGUUUAUAUUGAAAAUCCUAUAGUAAGAUUUUGGAGGAAUCUACUAUCAUAGACCUAUUCAAAUAUUAUGACCAUACAAUUUUGAUGAUUUGUUAUAAGGGAAAAAUUAACUAAGUUUAAUUCCAAAAAUAUUUUAUUCUGAAUCUUUUGAGUCCAUUAGAAUGCAUGGAAUCAACAGAUUCCAGAUUUGGAACCAUUCCAAUACUAAAUUCACCAUAAGAACUUUCCAGUACAAGGUAGUGUGUAUGACUUACUUUGGGGUCAGCAAAGAUGGUGUCAACUACUUUAAACUUUCGGGCCGGAACAUGACACGUAUUUCUUAAAUAAAUAUUAAUUCUUAUAACAAUAAUUAAUUAAAAACCUAAAUUAAACAUGAAGGGCAAACAAUUAGUCAAAACCUGCACUAGAUGCAAUAAAUUUUGUGUCAUAGAUUUUUAAUUACAGUAAACAUUAUUUUGGCCCUUUCGUAAGUAUUAGAGUGUUAUGUGAACAUGUCAUUAUUUAGUGUAGGUUUGUUGAAAUUUGGACAGUAUCUCAACAUGGAGGCAAAUUUAUUGUGUUUAUAAUUAAAUAUUAAGCUUGUCAAAAAUUUUUAGGAUAAAAUAUUCUAAAAUGCAUGAAAUUUCUUUCUUUAUAGUGCUAUAAAGGUUAAAAGCCUUGAGUAGGAACAAGAUUAUAUGUUGAAUUGUGAUAAAACUGAUAUAACACACAAACAGUGUCAAUACACAUAUUUCACCAAAAUGCAAAUUAAUACACCUUUUAGCACCAAAAUGUACCUAAAAAUAUUAAAUGUGUCAAAACUUUACUCAAAUUACAAAUAUUUUAUAUUGUAUAAUGGUUAAUUCAUUGGAUGUAAUUUACCGUGUUUUAUCGCAUAAUCGUUGCACGUUUUAUACUAAAAUCAAGUUUGAAAAGUAGGGUUGUGACUUUUGUUAGAAAAAUUUUUUUUGUUAGAGUUAAAAUUAUUCAUACAAACCAAACCCAUUCAUGGAAUGUGCAUUUAUUUAAAAAGUAGAGUAUUCAAAAGCACGCCAAACAAUUUAAAUUAACAAGUCAUGCAACAAAAACCUUUCUUCAACUCUAAAUAGAAAAACAUAAUCAGUGACCCGAAUGCGAACCUGAACUAACGCAUAACUAUCAUCGUAGUACAUACUUACCACGAAAGAGUGCGGGCCACCAAAUGUAGUUAACUCGGCACUUGACAGAGAGCGCGCGUUGUAUGCAAUCACCGUGAUAUCGAUAUUCGACUACGUGUGCACACACUAUACGGGAAGCAACAAAACCAAACAUGAAUGAUGCCAACUAGCGCUGGCUACAUUUUUAUAAGUGGUACACCGCGGCGACGCAGACGAACAGAUAAAGGUUAUAAUGUUUAAAAACGUCUUUAAAAGAAAAUUUUCACAUCAGACAACUUUGUAUUUUCGUUAAUCAAAUAAUUAAGUGGUAAUUUCCGAAUAAAUGUUAGAUUUCUACUUCAAAAUACAUAGUUUUAUACGAAAAAAAAACCUACACAAAGUGCUCGGAAUCUAAUAGCGGGACCAAAAACAUCAUGCGACAAUUACACAAGAGGUUUUUUUAUUAAAAAUUUUGACACCCUGAAAUAUUGGUGUGACGAUCAUGCGAUAAAACAGGGUAUUUAGCAUGAAAUUUGUAACAAAAUAGAUUAACUAAAUUGAUUGGAGAAUAAAAAAUUGUUACGAACUAGUACAGGGAGAAUUGAGUUUGUAAGGGAUAGCCCAAUUAAGUUUUAUUACAGUAUUAUUAAUUACUAAAAUUUACAUUGACAAUAAAUAAUUGUACUCCAAAACUUCCGAUCACAAAUCACUAGCACUUAAAAAUGUUUAUUCUCAAGUCACUCAAUGUCUGUCAAGUUCCACAGUUCGCACUCCUCACUGGAGCUGAGCUCAACAGCGGUUCAUCCCUUACCUCGCACUUGUCCACACACACAGUCUCGCGGCACUCUCGUAUCCAGUUGAAAUCCGCAUUGCGCCACUCUCUGGGGGAGGAGGGGUUGGUCUCUCAUCCUCUUCACCAAUGUCGCACUUCGGGACUUCGGCACUGUCGCGGGACUCGCUCGGAACUCGGCACUCGCGCGGCACUAUGACGAAACUCUCGUGGCUCUCAUUACAGGACUCCGUCGUGGGAUUCUCACCACACUCCUCACUGAACUCACACGGCACUCGUUGCGGAACUCUCACGGCUUCCGUCGAGUGGGUCUCUCGCCUAACUCCUCGCAGAACUGUUGCGGAGGCCGGGCGUCGCUGCUUAAGUAACGGCUGUGACAAGUCGCGUCAUCCCGGGCCGAUCCAACACCCGAAUAGUCCAGAAGGGUUGCGUCAAUUCACACUCCUCCGCGCUGCGGCCUGCGGAAUUCCCAAGAGCUCUCAGCGAUAGACAAGAGUGCCGAGGCAGGGCGUGAAGGGGGGAGGGGGGUAGAGACGACCCUUGUAAUCCGGCUAGGCAUGCGUGGCAUGCCUUACGUCAGUGGCGGCCACGUGACACGGCGCGUGACUCCAGAGGCAGUGCAGGGCCGCCAGCCAGCUUCGAACCUGGCGUUGCAGUCUGGUCUCUCACGUUCAUAACAAUACAUAUUAAGUUACUUGAUUGUGCAUAUCUUUUUAUUAGUAACAUGUUAUGACAUUAAUGAAGUUGGCAAAUUUUCAUCUAUUUUUUCUUAGUUUUUUCGGUUCUACACAUGCUUAUUGUUAUUUCUAUUGAUUUUGUUGUAUAAAUGCAUCUUGACUGUGUCAGUCAAAAUGAGACUAUUUUGGUGAAAUAAGUGAUAAGAAAUAUUUAAGUUUCAUAUUUUUUGAAUAGUACAUUAUUUUUGUGAAUGAAGAUUAUGUCAAAUUAAAAACAAUAACACAGAAAUCUUCUGUUUUAAAAACAAAGUUGAACUAAAAAUAAACCAUUUAAUCUUGUUCUUAGCUAUGACUAAUAAUUUUGUAAAAAAUAUUUUAAAAUUUAGGAUUUAAGAAUGUACUGUUAACCACUUUAAUUGAUGUUGUGCUUAAAUAUUGGUCAGUAAUACAGUAUUUUCAUAUUUUAAUGAUUAAUCUUUAUAGUUUGAAUUUUAUCACAAUGCAAAGAAACAAACUGGCAUAAAGAAGCAAAAGAAAAUUAAGGCUUUUACAGAUGUAUAUUUUUUAUUUAACAGUUUCAAGAAAGAGUUUUUCUUGGUCCCAUUGCCUUUUAAUGUAGAUGAAGACUAGAAGCAAUUCGUAACUUACAAAUUUUAGCCCAUGUUUGUUUAAAAACUCAAAAAUAUUUUUUUAUAUCUAGACAUCUAGACAAAAAAUAAAAUCGAAGUGUAUGUCUGUGAUGUAAAUUGCAUAUUCCUGUUGGCAAAUUAGAUACCUAAACCAAAUAUAACAUUAAAAGAUCUCUCUGUGUCUACAUUAUAUAACUCAAAAACUACUGAUGAUACUGACCUGAAAUGCACAUAAGUUUUCGAUAGUAACCCCAGGAUUAAUUUAGUCUUAAUUUUUUGUGAUAUAUCGAGCAAUUCCAAAGUUAUUAUAGGUAUAGUUAUUCCAAAAAGUUCAUUUUUGUAAAGAAUUACAAUGUGGUGUUAUAACUACUGAAUACUGUGUCUUAUUUAAGUUGACAUGAAAACACUCUACAAAUGGAAACAUAUUUUUUAAACUUAGUAGCAACAACAGCACCAAGGCGUCACAUGAUUUGUUUGCGGACAUAAAAGUUAUGCUCAGUUUUUAGGGUUAAAAUGUAUCUGAUAUGUUAUCAAUUAUCAUUUUAUCUAUUUUGAUUAUAAAGUCAAAUUUAUAAAUAUAUAUGAAUGGCAAUUGAUUUGUAAGUUCAUAAAUAAAUUCCAUUCAAUAACUUGAGACAUUGCAUAUUUUUAAGUUGUUGGUCAGUAAACAUUAUAUCAAUGGUUUUUUUAAUGUAAAUAAUGUAUGUGAAUAUUCUGUCUCCGGGAGCAAAGUUGCAGGAUCAGCUAUUAUAGAAAUAAAGUAUUACAACAUUGGUUACAUAUUGAAAUUUAUUAUAACUUGGCAGUUUCUAUGCUUGUUCAAUCUUUGUUAUUAUUACAUAUCAGGAAUCUUCUGUGUGAAAGUUGACUACAGAAUAAGAAAUGUUAUAUAAUAAUAUAUACUAGAUUAAUAACCAUUUAUAAAAAUUACAUUCUAUAAUUAAUUAUUUGUAAGUGCUUUAUUAUGUUUAAUGUAUGAGAUUUUUACGUGCUGUAUAUUUCCAGCUAAUGCUCAGUACUUUUGUAUUAGUGCAAGAUCCUCGAAUGCUGAGGUAUCGCACUUGCAGGUUUACCAUUUGUACAGACUAGAGCUUACUUGCAUGUUAAGUGAUUUCCCACACUAAAAGGUCCAGCUAUUGACUGGUUCACUAAUGUAUGGUCGUAGCUUGUAUUUACAGUGCCUUAAUAUUAUUUUUCGUGGUCCUUUGAUUAUUAAACGCUUGGAGGGAAGCAUUAGUAGAAGUACUUGAAUCACUAUCAUUGUGUUCAUUGGCAGGGUCACAGGUGUUUCUGUGUGAUAAAAGUGAUGGAUAUCUGUGCUGCCUGUUUAUUUCAUCAUUUCUCCUUCAUAGGGCCUCAAAUUGGCCAUUGGCAGGGGAUGGUAGGUGUUCCAUCAAGUUCAAUUCCCCUUCCUGUGGCCCUUGAUCUUCAAAUGCUGCUGUUAUUUAUGUGUUUCUUUUUUUCCUAACUUCAAAGUUUGUAAACCAAAAAAUCAAUACAUCAUCUACAAAUGUUAAUGCAUUGCAGUUGUGAUUUAAUCCUUAACUUAAACUAUGCACAAAAGAAGUCUAGCAAAAAGGUCAUGGUUUUAUAAAUACCAUAGCUUACUGUAGAAAAUGAUAUCUUACAUACUUAUCUCAUUGACACAGUUAUUUCAUCUCAUUCUGGAGUGUACAGUUCGGAAAUGUUUUUUUUCUGAAAACACACCUUUAUUGGCCAGAUCUUGUUAAUUUUUGGAUUUUUGGUUAUAUGACUCAUUUUCAGCAUAAUGAAGAAACAGUUUUUUUCCCGCAGAAAUCUGCACAAUGGCAUGGGUUUUUGAAAAAUGGGUACCAAAUAUUGGAGUGCUAGGGAAAAAAAUUUUCCUCUUUUGAUGUGGGUUUUCAUUUAGUUUUCGGAUGGUUCUGAAUGAAUGGGUAGGCCAAACAGUUGGUUUCUCUUUUUAUCAGUUCAGAGAUUGAUCGUUGAAAAGCAAGGUUAUAUUUGUUAAAACAUCAUUCUCGUUAUUAAAUCCACAUUCGCUCCAGACUUACUCUUGGGAGAUCUCAAGUUUCUUCAUUAUAGUUUAUUUUGCACCACUUACAGCCAGACAACUUGCUCUUUUCUGAUUCUUCUGAACUAGAGAUAUCAAACAGGUAAUUUUCACUGUCAUCAAAUCCCUUAUAUAUCCAGGGCACUCAAUUCACUUUGUUCUGUUUCAGAAUCACCAAUUUUUAUACAUUAUUCUUAUUUUGUAGAAUAACUAAAAUUUUAAAAUCAUGUGUACUGUCUGUUUUCUAGUUAGGUAUUUUUUUGUGCAGUUACAAAAAAUACCACGAAAAGUGUUUGACAACCCACAGUAUCAUGGUUAUUUUUCAGUGUAAAUUCUUUCCCAGUACUUUUGUACAGUAAAUGAGCUUUUAUACUGAUGAUAUCUACAUAAAAUAAUUUCACCAAAGUCCAAGUACUUAUGCAUUGCUGCCCAGAGACAGUAACAACGAAAGCAUACACAACACUGUCAAUAACAUCUAUGAUUCACUUGGCUUUUUGAAGUUGAAUAUAGCGCUGGAAAGAAUAUCUUGGGGCAGGUGUUUAAACUUCUUUGAGAAAGGUUAUCUCAGGUUAUUAUUUAUGUACUAUAUUUAAAAAAGACUUAUACUCGCGAUAAUGUGUUAUGCUGGAUUUGAACACGGGACUGUUCAUACCAUUAAAUGUCAUUGUUUCAAAAGCAAAAUGGGAGGCUGAUAAAACUGUAAAUAAAAUAAUAGUUAAUGUUUCAGUUGUUACAGUACAAAAAGAACGCAGAGUAACAAAAUUUGAGUAUUAAUAAUUUAAAGUAAAAAAGGCAGUUUAAUGGUUCAGUUGAUGAACUUUCAUAUAAUUUGAAAUAUUUAAAUUCAUUAGGUAAUUAUAAUCAGUUUGGGUUCCAAAAUUUUCUCUUAGCAAGUCAAAACAUAUAAACUAUUUUCUAUUCUUUUGCACUAGAGAUAUUAAGACUUUCCUUCUAAAAAAUUUUUUACAAUGGCUCCAGCUCAAAAUUACAUGAAAAGUGCACAUUGAACAUAUGUAUGAAAAUGUAUUUUGCAUAGAUUAUAGCUUAAAAGCCACGUGGCACAAAUUGGCUUAAUGUUGGGUGUGUGUCACUUCCAGUGCCUGGAGAAAUAAUUCCAAUAAUUGGGGAAUGUGAUCAAAGCACAUUGAAUUAUUAAUAUAGCUGCCAGUGGGCUGCAUAGACUUAGUCACUUCUCAGCCAUGGAGCAGAGCGGAAAGCCACUUUGAAAUAGCCAGAACUAUGCAUUAGACGUAGGUAAAGGUAACAGGCUCUGCGGUCUGUCAUGUGCUUCCCAACUUCAAGCAAGCUGCAGACAGAUGGAGCGACCCUUCAUCAACUAGGUUGUCGUUUCGAAUUGCCAAGUGUUGGGAGAUGCAUUUUGACUUAAGUAAAUAAAAAACAAAAAUUAUUUUUUUUUUUACGAAUUUGUAGUAAAGUUUCCCAAAAACAUAUUAAUACAAAUACAUAUAAAUACCCGAUUGAAAUGCUCAUAGCUGUUUGGACACAUUUUUGACACUCAAAGUUUGGUGCAAGAGGCGUAUUUCUUGUCCUGAACUAAGCAUUGCACAAGAACGCGCUAAGGGCUCUCUGAACCCCUCUGUGCCCAAGGAUUUAGAAGUGACUGCACUUCACAACAUGAUGAGUGUAUAGGAGACUCUGCAUAAACAUUGAGUCAUCACUGGUGAAGAGACAUAGGUAAUCAUAUUAAACUGAUAAACAUUAAAUAUAAUAAAAGCACCAAUACCUUAAGGCUGUUGCCACAUUUAUUGUGUCCAAGUAGUGUUUGUAGGAAAAUACUUGUUAAAUAAUUGUUUAUUUGCGAAGUAAAUUUUGAAAAUGAUGUUUGAAAAAAAAUUUUAAAAGUAAUAAAUUGUACUCUAGGUACAUCAUUUAUAAUUUAUUUUGGAACGAGUUUUUAUUUGAGCUAUAAUUUUUAAGCUAAUUACAGAAAUAAUAAUGUUUUAUUAAAGCAAAACUUUAUAAAUUUAAGUACUAGGUAUCAUGUUAAUGAAAUGAUUUUUAACAACUCUAUUUGCUUACCACUUUGUGGAUAGCUUUAUGAAAAUAAGUGUUCAUAGUCCAGUUAGUAGCAUUGUUGUAAAAAGCAUAGAAAAUUUGAACAUGUCAGGAAAUUUAUAAAAAAAAAAAAAAGAAACUUUUUUUGACAAAAAGAAACUGGAUAAGCUGCCUGAAUUGUAUAUGAAUGUCACGUAGAAGUUCUGCUUUGCUUUCUAAUACUUUCCUUGUUUUCUUUGAGUGUCCACAAUUAUUUAGUUCACAGACACCUGAGUGGUUGUCAUUGCUGAUGCAGUUUGAUUUCUGCACUUAACAUUUACAAGCCACCUAGAGGUAGCUUGAAUUUAAAAGUGAUUACCCGUAAGGAUGUUUGUGACAUCAUCACUAAGAAACGCUUUAACAUCAACCGCUGCAUCACAUUUAGUGAUGCAUAUACAUGUUUUCUUACUGGUAGAUAAGCUAUUUUUUUUAUUGGCAUAUGAAUUUCUUGAACAAGCACACCAUUUUUAAAAUGAAAUUAUACUCGUCAAAGGGCAUUUAUGGCCUUAUUUUGUGUUCGUAAAAUGCAACUACACCAAAUUGUAUUUGUGAAAGCUUACAAUGUUAUUUUUGUUUACUUUCUUCAAUAAAAAUAAUAUGCUUUGUUACUAAAAUAUCAAUUUAUUUGUUUUGAGUGAAAUUAUCUUAACAUACACACAAAACCUCUUUUUAACAGCAUAAAAAUUAAACUUUUAUCAAGAUAUGCAGGCAAAUCCAUUUUCAGUGUUGACUUAGCAGAGGGUUUUAAAAGACAAUUGCUAUGUAGUUUCACUAGAUACUAGUUCAAUGAAUGAACACACAACCUUCUUUGGUUUCCAAGGAAAUAAUAAUCACCAAAAGACGUAUACCAAGCUUGUAUGAAAUACCACAAAAAUAUUCUCACCUCAAGUCUGGGAUUGGAAGAAAAGUCAGAGAAUUCCAAAAUUUUAAAGUUAGUAAUAACCCUGAGUUGGAAAAUUGGAAGCAUAGUAUAUUUUACAUCCCUUACAUCUAACCUUUUCCUUGAGAUUUUAUUUACCCAGCGCAAUGCUCAUUUUACUUAGGAUGUAUUAAAAGUCUUGUGUGCAGAGGUGUGUUUUGUGUCAUAUUUUGGAGGACAAAUUGUAGUGAAAAAGUGUGCAGUUUUGGAGUUGAGUUUGAUUCAGCUUGCAUGCUUGCAUUCUUCUUGCUCUCUUUUUGGACUGUCAGAGACCAAACACUAACUUGUGCUUCGUGCAUAUUGUAUACAAAAAUGUUGUGGAGUCUUUAUAAACUACUGUACAUACUCACCUAAAUUUCCUUGUUUGUAUACAGCACCGUGCAGAAUCAUACUCAGUAAUGAUUUGUAAUAAAAUAAUUUAAAACAUUUCUUUUUUUCUUUGAAUAGAACUGAAUGCAUUUCUCCCAAUAUUGUCGACAUAAUUUUUUUCAUGACUCUCUCAAAUGUAUAGAUGAAGUGUGCCAUUUCUACAAGGUGAAACUGUCAGUUCUUCCAUUUUAUAAAACUAAAUUUAAUAUAAAAUAUAGGAAAUGUUGAGUCCCUUUUCAAGUGAUUUUAUAUCUAUUUCCUUCUCUGUAUGUACUUUCAUAAACUGCCAUCAUGAUUGAUGUCUUAGCACAAGUAACAAGAUUUGUACAUUGCAGCUGGGAGAAAGUUAAUAUGAAAUAAAAUCAAUUCACAUUAUUGAAAUAGUGUCACCUAUGAAUUUUUUUGAACAAUUUAGAAAUUUUUCUAUUAUGUAACUGCGAGUGUGAAAAUUGUUUUGGUACUAUCUGCUCAAAGGCAUCUACUCUAUUGCAAUCUGUUAAUAAGGAAAAUUUUUUUUGUUCAUUUUCAAGCAUAUUUACAUUCUCAGAGCAAAAAUUUAUUAUAAAAUGGAAAAAUUAACGCUAGUUUAGAAUUAUAAAUCAUGGCUGAAAAGCAUACAAAUAAUAUUUUUUUUUUUUUUUUGCAAAUUGUUAUGAGAUUUUUAAAAAUUGAUUGAAAAAUGAUUGUUAGUAAAAAUAUUGGAUUUCUUUCACAGUUAAUGUGCUGAAUGAAAUAACAUCACCCAGGAAUUGUAUGUUGCCUAAAGUAUAAUGUUUACCUGUCUUAAUGCUGCUCACAAAAGCUGUAUUGUAUUUUUGUAAUUCACAGUUUACGAAAAUAUUUAUUGAAAUUGUGAUACAAUUUUGAAUAUGUUUUGUAGAAUUAUGGAUGAUUUAAAACUGCACAUUCAGAAUGGAUGAUUGAUUGUGUGUGUAAUAUUUAUGUUUUUCAUUGUUUUAUACAUUAUAAUUUUUGUGUAUUUAAUAUUUUAAGCAUGAUUGUCUGCAAUCCAUGUUACUACUGCCCCUUUUGAAAGGGAAUAUGUAAUUGAUACCGUUUGUGUUAGCUUGAUGAUCUGUGCAUGAUAAAUAGCUCUUCUGAGCCAAAGUGUGAUUGGUUUAAACAGACUUUGUUCUCUAUAUGAGGAACAUCACUCGCACAGGUCGGUAGCAUCCAGAGUAGUAAGUUUUGGCAAUUCCUAGUAAAAAGUAAGGUGACCCAUGUGCAUGUUAACGAUGAGAAAAGCUUGACAAAGUGUGAUAAAAAUGAACCAAGGCCUGUGACUGUGGCUCAAAGGUGACAUAUAGUUUAAAACAAAUGUUUUCAUGUCAGACUGUGUGUGUUUAUUUGAGUGUAUAACAUUUUUUUUCUCAUGUACAUUCUGAUGAUCUCCUUAAUCAUACAAAAUAGAAUAUCAUACAUUUGUUUUCAAACAAUUUGUUUUGAUUUUUUGCUGUUUCAGCACCAGGAGUAUUCUGUAAAAUGAACAUGUGCAAUAAAUGACAGACUAAAGUGUUUGAAGCUCUAGUCUUAUGGAUGAUAGUAA